AUGUCCCCUGCACAUUUCCGCGUGGGUAUCAUCUGCGGAAGCACCCGCACGCCGCGCGUAGGCGACCAGAUCACCGACUUCGUGCUCGAAACCAUCAAAUCGCACGAGAAGGCAAAACAAAAGGACACGGAAGAGAUCCAGACAAAUCCUUCUUUUGAGUUUGACUACAUCGAUAUCAACGACUUAUACUCUGCCGAAGACUACACACAUGAACACACGCGCGCGUGGUCGCGCAGGGUAUCCGCGCUGGAUGCUUUCGUCUUCGUCACCGCGCAGUACAACUGGGGUAUCCCGGCGCCGCUCAAGAAUGCCAUUGAUUUCCUCUUUAAUGAGUGGAAGGGCAAGCCUGCGAUGAUUGUGUCCUAUGGAGGACACGGAGGUGGGAAGGCGGCUGCUGCGCUGAAGCUGUGCUUGGCCGGUGGGAUAGAUAUGCGGGUUGGGGACCGUAUGGUUGUAAGUCUCUCCUUUCCGGACAGGGAGGUGCUUUACCAGGCUGUUCGUGGGGAGAAGCUAGGGUUGGAUGCGGAGAGUACGACUGGGGUCUGGAGCUCCGAGCGGGGCCAUAUUACGGGUGGGUGGGAUGAAAUGAUUGGAAUGUUAAGAGGUUGA